GGCGUAAUCCGCGUGCGGAAAGAAAAUCCUUUACCGAUAAACAAGGGGACGAUUUUAAAUGAUGUGUGAGGGACCUUCUGCACUUUCUGGACCAAUACCCCCCGAUCCGUCUCUGUUUCCUCAGUACUACAAACGGCCAUCUUCAGCUCGCAGCCGUUUAGAGGGAAACCACGGUGGGACUGUGGCCCUUCUCUUGGGUCCACUUGCUCCAGAUCCUGUGUUGAAUCCAGAAUGCUACAGCGCUCGUGAACCACGUCGCCCUCGCAUCAACCCUAAUGCCACUCAUAUUUUGGAACGGGGACAGAAAGGGAUUGUGGGAGAGCUGCUGAAACUAGAUGGUGUCUCUGUAUCACCUAUUCCCAAACAGAAACAAAGAGUGCAAGACUUCAGUAAAGAGAAUAUACGUCGCCUCCGGGAGAUUCAGAAACGCUGCAAAGAGCAGGAAGCUGAGAGGGCCCAGAAUCGUCCUGUUCCAGUUAAAGCUUUAUGGACUUCCUCAAAAUACCAAAACACCCCGUCCAGGGUUAUGACCCAGCCAGAGGUUUCUACUCCAACUGUUAGGCCACAGUGUCAAAAUUUUCUGAAGGCUCACUCUAAUGGUGGUUCUGCUAGACCAGUAACUGCCCAGCGCCCAGCCUCCUGCAGCUCUACACAGGACCAGGACUUGACGGUGCAAGGUCUGAAAAUAGACUUCAUAAAACAUAACGCUAAGACUGCAGGACAAACGGUUAUUCGUCGGUCCCAGUCACUGUCAAACCUCAGAGACAAGCCUGUGCCCAGUGCAGUCAAGGGUCAAGUGCCUCAGUAUCUUGUGGAAAGGAAGGAACAGUGGCGUAAAGAAAAGGAAGAGAAGAGGAGGACUGCGCCUGAUCCUACAGUUCCUGCCGGUCACACCUUGUUACCCGAGAGCGAGAGACAGGAGACACUAAAGUCCCUAAAACAUACCCAUCGCUCCUUGGUGACUGAGCUGCUGUCACUCCCCAUGAAAGCGGACAAUCUGAGCGUUCGCUCGCACCGAGCUCACCUUGACUGUAGGCUUUCUGAGCUUGAGGAGGCCAUCAAAAUAUUCUCCAGGGACAAGGUUUAUGUAAAAAUUAAUUCUUAACACAUGAGGAGGACAAAGAAGAAAAGAAAACGGACCUGAUAACCCACUGCU